AUGGCUGGGUCAAAACCGCCCCAACAACCGCGGGAGGCAAUUCUCCGACAAGCGGGCCCCACCCGCGUGUGGCCGCAGGCUGUCCGUGAGGGCGGUGCCAAAACAGCGCGCACUUCGUCUUCGCGGCGCUGGUCUCCGUGUUUGUUCCGCUCCACCCAUCUUGGCGCAACCCAACGCCUGCCGCAAGGUGCACUCCAUAGCGCUUCUCCCUCUCUCGGUGGCACGAGUGGUGGCGGUCAGGUCAUCAGUGGAGAAAGCAAGUUCAGGGUUGGGGAUGCUCAUCAGCUCCUCACUGAGGCUGUUCGCGGCAACGGUGGGCGGCGGCGGGCCGAGCACGGAACCCUGCGGGACGCCACGGGUGAAAUGAACCGGUGCGGAGAGCGCAUUUUGUACACGCGGCUUUUGGCCGUGCAGCAGGGAAAGGAACUCCGCCACCCACCGGCUCAGGCACGGCACCACCUUGUGCGCGCGGAGUGCGUGAAGGAUGCGGCCGUCAUCAACCGAGCCGAAGGCCCCAGCGUGGCCCACCAGCACCGCACCGACCUUCCCCGCUUGCCACGGUGA